AUGACCAACAAUCUACCUGAUCCAACCAAUGCCUCUCGCGCAACACCAACAAUCCCCGUUUCCGAUGCCAUCUUGCACAUUGGGAGCUCCACUUUUAUCAGUGCCUCUUCACUCGAAGUAUGGGAAGUGCUGAUUAACACCUCAACAUGGCCAGCCUGGAAUUCUUUUAUUCCAAAAGUGACGAUCCGAUCACAACCAGACUCUAUGAGCAAUGAACCACUCUCCCCGAUAUUCCAAAAAGGGACCACGUUCACCUUCCAUGUCAGUGCCGAACCUACCAUCACGUUCAACAUCCCGCUGGCUGUGACUGAGUUCACUGCUCCCAAUCCCGAGUCAGCUUCUCCUGGCCAUAUCGUGUGGACAGUUGACUAUGAUGCACCCGGUGCCCCGCCGCCUUUUCUUUUAGUAGGGGAACGAAUGCAUGAAUUAAAAGAUGUGGAAUUGAUGGUCGACGAUAGAUUGCUCCGUGGGACAGAGGUUCGUCACUGGGAGGCGAUGAUGGGGUGGUUGGCCCACGCAGUGCAGUGGAUAUAUGGACGUAAACUGCAACAGGGUUUUGACACAUGGGUUUCUGACCUGAAGACUUUUAUGGAAAAUGUCAAUGACCAAACUUGA